AUGGAUGAUCUUACAACACGGGUGAACAACCUAGAAGAAAGAUUGGAUCAACGAAUCGAUGCCCUUCAUCAAGAUCUCACUAGAAGGUUUGAAGAACUUAUUAUAUUAGUGAGAUAUAAUCAAGGUGUUGGUGCUGGUGUUGGAGCUGGAUACCAGAGAAACAACAUCAACCAAGGAGGAAAUCGGAGACAACAACGGGGCCAACAACAAAUGGAAGAGGAAGAUGAUGCAGAGGAGCAUGACCAUUACCAACAACCAAGAAGAAGAGGUGGUGGAGAUAUGUACAAAAUUAAAGCAGAAAUUCCAACUUUCAACGGCAAUGCAAAUAUUGAAGGAUUUCUUGAUUGGAUCUAUGAGGUGGAGACAUUCUUUGAGAUAAUGAACAUCCCGCCGGAUCGAAGAGUACCAUUGGUGGCAUAUAAAUUGAAGGGAGGUGCUGGAGCUUGGUGGAAUCGUCAUCAAGAAGAGCUACGCUUGAAGGGUGAGAAUCGUGUAAGAGAUUGGGCACAGAUGAAAGCACUUUUAAAGGCCAGAUUCUUGCCAGCAGAUUAUGAACAACUAUUAUACCUUCAAUUCCAUAACUGUGUUCAAGGUAACCAAGCUGUUUCUGAAUAUACCGAGGAGUUCUUACGGCUACAAGUAAGGUGCAAUCUAUAUGAAAAUGAAGACCAGCAAGUUGCAAGAUAUGUCAAUGGUCUCAAUGAUUCUAUUCAAGAACGCUUAGGCAUACAACAAAUUUGGUCUAUAGAUCAAGCUCAAACUCUUGCCUUGAAAGCUGAGAGAUUCAUAAAGACCAAGGUAUCUUAUAAAGCCAUGUCUUAUUCUCGUCCAGAAAACAUAUCAAGAAAUUUGCCACGCCGAGAGGAGGAAAAACCUACUCCAUUUAAAGGAAAGAAGACUGAUAAAGGGCCAUCUUCUAGCAAAACUUAUGAAAAGCAACCAUCUAACCCUAUCAAGUGUUAUAAAUGUCGUGAAGAAGGUCACAUAUCAAGUAACUGUCCCCGGAGGAAGUUUGUCAACACCACUCGUCGUGAUGAAAAUGAUGAAAGCGAUGAAGAUGUGGAUGAACCUGAAAACGAAGAAGCUGAACUAUGUGUAGAAGAUGGGGAAGAAAUAGUAUGUGUGGUCAAACGUCUUCUAUGCUCAACUAUACAACCUGAAGAGACGCAACGAAAGAAGAUAUUUGAAAGCAAAUGCACAGUGAAUGGAAAGGUAUGUAAAUUGGUCAUUGAUAGUUGUAGUAGUGAGAAUUUAGUUUCUGAAAGAAUGGUCAAACACUUGAAUCUUGAGACUAGAGAUCACCCAAAUCCAUAUACUAUUGGUUGGCUCAAGAAAGGAGUGAAGAUCAAGAUCACCAAACAAUGUUGGUUACCACUUUCCUUGGGUAAGCAUUAUCGUUCAAAUGUUUUAUGUGAUGUGAUUGAUAUGGAUGCAUGUCAUGUUCUUCUUGGAAGACCUUGGCAAUAUGAUGUAAACACCACUCACCAAGGAAGAGACAAUUGGUAUUCUUUCAUUUGGAAUAAACGGAAGAUCAUCAUACUUCCGGAUAAAAUUCCUAAUAUUGCUUCUGAAGUAGAGGAGAAGAGUAUGCUAACCAUUACUCAAAAUUCAAGAGAAUUUGCUCAAGACUUGAAGGAGUCAAAGUUGUGUGCCGUAUUAGUUGUGAAAGGUGAUGAACAACUUGUGAAAGAAAUUCCAACGGAGAUUCAAAGUCUAUUAUCUGAGUACGAAAGCAUACUUGGAGAGCCUCAACAUCUACCUCCUAUGAGAGAUAUCCAACAUCGAAUAGACUUUGUUCCAGGUGCAAGUCUUCCCAACCUACCACACUACAGAAUGAGCCCACAGGAGAAUGCCAUUUUGAAGGAGAAAGUGGAAGAGUUGUUGCGUAAGGGGCAUGUCGGAGAAAGUAUAAGUCCAUGUGCUGUACCAGCACUACUCACACCAAAGAAGGAUGGAUCUUGGCGGAUGUGCGUGGACAGCAGGGCUAUUAACAAAAUCACCACAAGAUACAGAUUUCCUAUUCCACGUUUGGAUGACAUGCUUGACCAAUUGAGUGGAGCAAAGGUGUUCUCGAAACUUGAUCUAAAAAGUGGAUAUCAUCAAAUACGAAUUAGGCCUGGUGAUGAAUGGAAGACUGCAUUCAAGACAAAAGAGGGGCUAUAUGAAUGGCUCGUCAUGCCAUUUGGACUUUCUAACGCUCCUAGCACUUUCAUGCACUUGAUGAAUCAGGUUCUUCGCCCAUUCUUAUCGCAGUUCGUAGUUGUCUAUUUUGAUGAUAUACUAAUAUAUAGCAAGAACCUGGAGGAACAUUUUGCUCAUGUCAAGAAGGUGAUGGAUGUAUUAAAGGAAAAUGAACUCUAUGUAAACUUGAAGAAGUGCAUAUUCGUUGAGACAAGGUUAGUUAUCUCAAGUGAAGGAAUUCAAGUUGAUGAGUCUAAAGUAGAGGCAAUAAAGAGGUGGCCAACUCCAAAAACAAUCUCUGAAGUGAGGAGCUUUCAUGGUUUAGCCACAUUCUACAGAAGAUUUGUGAAGAAUUUUAGUUCAAUCAUGGCACCAAUUACUGAAUGCCUAAAGAAAGGGAAGUUCAAAUGGGAUGAAAAGGUUGAAGAUAGCUUCAAGAAGAUUAAAGAAAAGCUCUCACAAGCACCUGUUUUAGUAUUACCAGAUUUCAACAAGACUUUCGAGUUGGAAUGUGACGCUAGCGGAGUAGGCAUUGGGGCUGUUUUAUCUCAAGAUAGGAAACCUGUUGCUUUCUUCAGUGAGAAGCUAAGUGAGGCUAGACAGAAAUGGAGUACCUACCAACAAGAGUUGUAUUCAGUGUUUAGAGCAUUAAAGACAUGGGAGGUCUACUUGUUGCCAAAGGAAUUCAUUGUCUACACCGAUCACCAAUCUUUGAAACAUUUUAGAAGUCAAAAACAUGUGGAUCGCAUGUUGGCAAGGUGGGCGGCAUACUUAGAGAGGUUCAAUUAUCUUAUCGUCCACAAGUCUGGAGUAACCAAUCGAGUAGCGGAUGCCUUAAGCCGACGUGCAAAUCUUAUGGUUUCUUUCGAAGCUGAGUUGCCUGGAGUGGAUCAAAUUAAGGAGUUAUACGAACAUGAUGAAGACUUCGGGCGAAUCUGGAUGAAGCAUAUGAAAGGAUUACAAUUAGAAGAGAAUUAUGUGGUACAAGAUGGAUAUAUCUUUAAUGGAGACCGCCUAUGCAUCCCCAGAAGUUCUCUACGAGACAAGUUUAUUAGAGAGAUGCAUUCAAGUAAUCUCAGCGGUCAUGUUGGGCGUGAUAAGACUAUCGCUAAUCUGGAGGCACGCUAUUAUUGGCCCCAACUUAAACGAGAUGCCGGCAAGUUUGUGCAAAGGUGUCCGGUGUGUCAAGUUUACAAGGGUCAAGUACAAAACACUGGACUAUAUAUGCCAUUACCAGUUCCAGCUGCACCAUGGGAAGAUCUAUCAAUGGAUUUCGUACUUGGAUUACCAAGGACACGACGGGGGCAUGAUGCUGUUUACGUGGUAGUAGACAGAUUUUCUAAAAUGGCGCAUUUUAUCCCUUGUCGUAAGACAACAGAUGCGCAUCAUGUGGCUAACCUUUUCUUUAGAGAAGUAGUUAGGCUACAUGGUAUUCCCAGAUCAAUUGUUUCGGAUCGUGAUAGCAAAUUCCUUGCCGCAUUUUGGCUUACAUUAUGGAAGCAAUUCAAUACAGACUUGAAAUUUUCAAGCACGGCGCAUCCGCAAACCGAUGGCCAAACAGAAGUGGUGAACAAGUUUAUGGGUAAUUUAAUUCGCUGCAUAUGCGGAGAUAAGAAGGGUCAGUGGGAUUUAGCUUUAUCCCUUGCAGAGUUUGCCUACAAUAAUUCUGAGCAUAGGCAUGUGGUUGAUUUAGUAAAGUUACCAACAAAGGAGAGUUCAAGAUCAGCUAAGACGUUUGGUGACAAUUAUUCUGAGCUGUUUAAAGAGGUACAUGAUGUAUUAGAAGCUUCAAAUCAGAAAUACAAGCAAUUGGCUGAUAAGAAGAGGAGGGAAAUGACCUUCAAAGUUGGUGACAAAGUUAUGGUUUAUCUUAGAAAGGAGAGAUUGCCUAUUGGUGUUCAUGGAAAAUUAAGGCAAAAGAAAUAUGGUCCGUACACUAUUCUAAAGAGGAUCAAUGAAAAUGCAUAUGUGGUAGAAUUGCCAAGUGAGAUGAAUAUUUCAAAUACUUUUAACGUGGCAGACUUAUCACUCUAUCUCCCGGAGCAGACACUUUACGAAGAUAACUCGAGGUCGAGUUUCAAACAAGUAGAGGAGAAUGAUGAGGGACAUCAAAUAUAA